CAGAAGAAAGGAGCAACCAUGUACUUAUUGGUAAUGUUUGUACUGCAGGCCCUGUGGGUGAAUUGGUGUCAUGCUACACAGCAUUAUCCAGCCUCAUGGGGGCACUACGAUGUUUGUAAGUCACAGGUAUACACAGAGGACCGACUGGCCUGGCACUACAUGGCCUGCCAACCUGAAGCCACUGACAUGACCAAAUACCUGAGAGUGUAUUUGGACCCACUCAACAUCACCUGCGGAGACCCACCUGAGAUGUACUGUGCUCUGGAAAACCCAUAUAUGUGUAAUAAUGAAUGUGAUGCUGAAACAGAGGAGCUGGCCCACCCACCCGAGCUUAUGUUUGACUCUGAGGGACGAAACCCAACAACAUUCUGGCAGACAACCUCAUGGAAGAAAUACCCAAAGCCCCUUCAAGUCAACAUCACACUCUCCUGGAACAAAACAAUUGAACUGACUGAUGACAUUGUCCUAACCUUUGAGUCUGGGCGACCAGAGCAAAUGGUGCUGGAGAAGUCACUGGAUUACGGUCGUACGUGGCAGCCAUACCAGUUUUAUGCUGCUGAUUGCUUGGAUGCCUUUACGAUGGAGCCAAAAGCAGUGCAUCAACUUACCCAAAGUAUCAUGCUAGAGAUCAUCUGCACUGAAGCCUAUUCAACAGGCUAUGUGUGGAAGUAUGACAAGACUGUACGCUUUGAGAUCAAAGACCGCUUUGCCCUGCUUGCAGGCCCAAGGCUGCACAACAUGGCUUCUCUGUAUGGACAACUGGACACCACUAAGAACCUGAGGGAUUUCUUCACCCUCACUGACCUACGCAUCAGACUUCUACGGCCGGCCACUGGAGCCACAAUGGUGGAUGAGAACAACCUCUCUAGAUACUUCUAUGCCAUCUCGGACAUCAAAGUUCAGGGCAGGUGCAAGUGCAAUCUCCAUGCCAACAGCUGUAUGUUUGACAAAGGGAAGCUGGGUUGUGUGUGUGAACACAACACUACAGGGCCAGAUUGCACCCGCUGCAAGAGACACUACCAGGGCCGAGCCUGGAGCAUGGGCUCCUACCUGCCCAUCCCCAAGGGCACUGCCAAUAUCUGUAUCCCAAGCAAUCUUGGCACCUCUGUUCGGCCAAACGCUUCUUCACUUGGAGCAGCAAAUCGAAAUCAAGCUCGAGUGUGUGACAACAUGCUCUUGCGUUGUCAGAACGGAGGUGUUUGUCACCACCACCAGCGCUGCCAGUGUCCAGUGGGUUUCACCGGCUUACUGUGUGAGAAGACCCAAUGCCAGGGUGACUCCUGUGAGGAGUUGCAGUCCAGCCAGAGUGCUCUCCGCCCCCCACACGUGGCUCAGACUCUCCCGCUGGCUCUUCUAUUGCUUAUCUACUCCCUGCUGGCCACCCGAGGCCCCACAUCACACUGA